GUAAAGGAGAGGCGCCUAGUUGUCUGUAUGUCCGCUUUAAUACCGCAUAUUCUUUAGUUGUUUCUUCUUCUCGAGGCAAAAAGUAUUCUCAUCAUUAUCAUAUUACAACAACCCUCGAGGCAUUUGUUCAUUACGCUACGCUUAAGAACAUGAGCACUUGCUAAAUGAAGAACUAACAACAAGAACAGCGCAGGGAACCUUGUCCUAGCAGAAAUAUCGACAACUACGUCAGCAGUCGAUGUGCAAGUUUACGAAAUCAGGCCACUUUAGGCACUUGGUCUGUCUUAACACUUUUAUUUAAGUAGCAAGUAUCUAUGUAACUUAAUCUUCUAAGAUCAUCAGCUGUGGAGAUGAUUGGAGAUCACCAUGGACGAUUUUGGAAAACGGUGACCGCACCAAAAAUGGCAAGUCCACCUUGUGCCUCGGUCUUUACUAGUGUUGGUUCUGAAGUCAGCAGAGGAAAUACGGAGUAUGAUCUCGAGCACAAGAUUGACUUGGAAAUCAAAAUGCGCGAGGGUACUACCAAACUGUUAGCAGCAUGUAAACAUCCAAUGCAGAGUCUGGAAGCAGCAAAAUCCUUACUAACAUCAAACGAAAGAAUGACUGCCUACAUGGGCGAACUCCAGCGAAGAAAAACUAACGAAAAAAUUGGAAACCCAGAAAGAAUUAUUCUUCAUGCAGACCCAUUAUAUUCUGUUAUUUUAGUGGAUAUAAAGUAUGUCUCAUUAUGA